AUGAAUAACGAUUAUGUGACAAUAGCACUUGUUAUGUUCUUCUUGUUACCAGCAUUAACUGCUAAUUCGCUUACACUUUAUUGUGUACUCGGUGAUAUCAAACGCCAAAAUACCCUGGCGAAGGAGCUGUUGUUAUUACUAACUUGUGUCGAUUUUAUUGCCUCCGUCUGUAUACCCCUUUUUCAUAUAAUUAUUCCUAUCAUAGACAGUCCAUCCUUUUUCAUAUGUAUGCUAACGGGAUUAUCGCAAACGUUUUUUUCACUCUUUGCUACUGGAUUAGGCGUUUUAAUGGCAUGCGAGCGUUUUGUGGCAUUGACGAUACCUUAUUGGUACUACAAAAUUAUGUUUCAACACAAGGUUCGUAUUCCUGUUUUACUAAUGACUCUGUACAUCGCGGCUAUCUGUAUAUUACCACCUGUUGGUGUGGGAAAUGUUCACAGGAUAACGGUGAUCAAUGGUUCGGAAGUCAUAACCUGUGGUGUAUUUCCUAAAAAACCACCAAAUACGACAAGUGAGGGGAUAUUUCCUAAAAUGUACGCAGGUUCUGGUUGUUUAUUUACUCUCAUCUCGGUGUUCUUAAACAUUUUAGUUAUAAAAUUACUUUAUUCAAUGCGACACAAAAUAUCGCCACCAGAAAUUGUACGAAUAGAAAAAGAAAUGAACGUCAGAUCGAGAAAACUAAGUCAGGAAUUUGUGUUGACCAAAAUGGUUUUUAUGCUAUCCUUAUCAUUCCUUAUUUGCCUGACACCAUUGUAUAUCGUGCUAUUACUCGAACAAACUGGAAUACAGAUACCAAAAUACUUAGUCGAAAGCCAACGCUGGACCUACAUUUGGAAGCGCUGUCCGUACGUCAGAAUUUUUACCUCUAGGAUUUGAGACCACGGCACCAAAUGUUCCAUUCCAGCGUAAGAGAGAGGUACGGAGAAAAAUACAGAACUGUGAAAUUGCAUUUAUAUUUGAUAGUGAAAUAUAGAGAGGCCCACAACAAUAUGUAGUCAUAAUGUCUAAUGAAAUAAAGAACUAUU